GCUCAGACCAGCGCAACUGUGUUUCAUUCGAUUGGAAUUGCAUAGCGAAAUCAAUCAUUCAUCUCACGGAUUCAAGUUCAAGUGAUGCAUUCACGAUUGGUUCUGAUCUAUUCAGCAGUAGUAUUUUCUAUUGCCACCGGACUUCAAUCCGACGAGCGAUCCCAGCCAAUGGUUUUCCAUACUUUCGUAGCAUUGGGCAAACGUUUAAAUCUGAACAUUGGCAACGUAGACCAUCCGGCAUACCGCUGGCGUCGGAAUGGAGGUCCGGUUUCGGAAAAGUGUGAAUUUACGUUAGCGCAAAAUUACAGUACGCUGAACUGUCCGGAUUUUGAUUGGUCCGACGAAGGACGAUACGAAUAUCACGAAAUUAAUGGGGAUGGACAAAGCGAAUUGAUGUUAGUGGUUGACGUUAAGGUAGCUGAGAGUUGUUCAAAAAGGCCGGCGGAAAAACAAGCAGAGCAACAACCUGACGAAUUACAGUCAGCUGCCAUUGAUGAUGAGUGUUUCUGUUCCGGUAUUACGGAUCGUUGCCGAAAGGCAGAAAAUCUUUUUAGAAGUCAGAUUGUUGUUCCCUUAACGGAAGCUCACAUGGUGGACUUGAAAAUCGAUGACAAUAGUUUCCAGGAAAUACAUAACAAGGAUUCCAAACAUGUCCAGACCUCGACAUAUUACGCACUUUCUGCUGAAAUAUCUGGAAAUUUAUUAACAUCCUACGGGGGAUAUUUUGAAUUUCCUAACAACGAUGACGGAAUCGAUGAGGAUAGCCCUGAUAUCAUACUAAAAGGACGUGAAGAUACUUUGGUUUACAACAAUCGACGAGAAUUGUUGUCCGAAGAAAUAAGCACCAAUAAGAUUUUAAUGACAGAGCAAAAUUUUCGCCAUUCAGAUGAAGGAUUGGUUACAAAGCAAACGUUCAUGGCAGUUCUCUCAAAAGUGAAAUCAUUUUAUGUAAAAUGUAAUCAAUACCGCAAGUCGCAUCCGCUGCAAGUCAAGCUUGACAGUGCCGAUAAGAAGAAUCACGGUUUAGGGCUGGUAAAUACCGUAGAAGAGUGCGAUUGCCGCCAGGGAUAUACAGGUUUGUCAUGUGAAGAUUGCUCCAAAGGAUACUAUCGGCGAUACGCCAUCCACCCGCAAGGAAUUUGUGUUUCACUCAGGGAAAAGUUGGAAUAUUUGAAAGGUACCCUUGAUUUUGCCAGCAGGUUCAAUAUUUAUCAAGACCUGGAGUAAAUUAUUCAUAUUCGAAGAUGACGACCGUUUAUUCUGAAUUAAUAAAACGAAAGAGUUUUUAAAUAAAAUUUCAAACAGAA